CCCAUCAUAUUGACAUCCCGAUCGUUGCAGAAGCUGAGCCAAUGGAAACACCAACUGGAAGUGCUGUGCGUCAGCGGGGGUUGCAUCUCAUCGGCUUCCCAAACCACAAGCACCCUGCAUGUGCAAGCAGGUACCACUGUGGCAGCUCUCAAAUGCGCAAGCUGCAGACGUUAGCUCUCAUCACACCUCAGUUGGCGGUCGUAGCAAAGCUCCAACAGAUCACUCGAAGCUGGUGCCGGAGGAAGCAGAUGGCAUUGGUCCAUGUGCCGUAUGUGCUUCAUUCAACAAGGCCUUCACAAGAUGUGGAUGUGCUCCAAGAUUUGGAUCCACGUUUAGCCCAAAUGGACGACGAUCCUCGGCGCCACAAAGAUGCACAGCUUGGCAAGGCUCAAAGGGCAGCCUUGGGAGAGCGUGGCUUGGCCGGCCGAAACAGCUCGUCAUUCAACCCUGAAUCCACACUUGUCCGCCCGGCAAUGAGAGUCAUUGUUGGCUCACCAAAGCGAAAAACAUUUGGAAAGCCUUUAAGCCACGAUGACGUUGUAAUGGUUCCUGACUUUUUUUGUGAGGAGGAUGAUUGGACAGUGUACUAUGACCUGAUCCGAGAGAUGCGUAUGUUGCAAUCAAAGAAUGUCCGCAACUCUCAUUGGAAGUCAUGGCAUGAGGGAGCUCACUUGUUGAGCCCCAAUCCUGUGAGAUGUGAAACAUAUCAGCAGAUUCUAAGUCGCAUGUCCCAGUACUUCUGCGUGGAGAUGGCUGCGGGUGGGGCCCGUUUCAACUGGUACCGAGAUGGGAGCGAUUGGAAACCUUUUCAUCAUGACUCGGCAGCCUUCAACGUUUCCAGAGCACGAAAGCAGAACUGUACAGUUGGGAUUUCCUUCGGCGCAUCUCGUGAAUUGGCCUUUAAACAUGCUUUGAGCGGAGAGCUAGUCUAUUUCCCGCAAACCAAUGGAACGCUUUUCUAUUUUGGAAGGGAUGUGAACAUCCGAUGGCAGCAUGGCAUUAAUGCCCUUGCAAGACAUCAUCAAGAUGGAAAGGGACGGAUCUCCAUCAUCCUGUGGGGCAGGGUACCAGCGACGCACGAGCCGCAUUCUCCAGCUAUGCUGACUGACCAAGAUCGGCAAGGAAGCUUCAGUAUUAGCAGGAAACCAUGUCGAGAUUUUCUCCGCGGCAAUUGCAAAUACGGGGCUCAAUGCAGAUUUGCUCACGUAUCAGCUGCUGGAGAGGAAAGAAAGGCCUUGAAUGCCUUGAAGGCAGAAUUUGUGAUUGGCCGUGACAGCGCAGGACGGGGUGACAGUGGCGUCAGUCCUGGCCUUGGAGGGGUGAAAGAUGGUGAAAGGGUGGAUGAGGGUGGUUUGGCUGACCAAUGGAAUGCCUUGCAUUCCAGCAAAAUUGCUCCUGGAGUGGAAGUCCGGGCCAUCAAUGGCAGCUGGAACCCGAUACGUAUGCUGGAGGAGCUACAAGAAGCAAAGACUUUGAAACUGGAUCUUUGGAAGCCGAGAAUGAGAAAGGAAGUCAAAGUGCUUCCUCGGAAUGUUCUUGGUGCAGAGCCAGUUCUGUUGCUACAACAGCGCAUUGAUGUGGAAGAGAAAAGACGAGAGGAGGCCAUCGAGCAAUUGACCUCCUUCAUGACAGAAGCCAUCACCACAGUUUCCAACCGCAUGGAAGAAUUGGCGCUGACCCAUUUGAAGAGCCAGCAGCAGCAAGACUCAGCUAUGCAGGGUUUGACCCAAAGACUGAUUGAGGUGCAAGAGUCUGACAAUGCGCAGAUCCACCAGUUAAAGCAGCUGGACGAGAUCCAAAGCGGCGCUACACAGCAGAUCUCUCGCAUUGAAGCCAAACAUCAAGAACUCUUUCAUGGACUCAAUGAAUUGUCUUCUGAAACAAAAACCUGUAUUGGCCAGCUGAAUGAGGCUGUCCGCGGCAUUCUUGAAGAUGCUGGUGCUCUCGAGCGCUUGCGCAAGAGAGCCUCCCAAAGUCUUCAACGGGAGGAUGACCAAGACACAUUGGCUGACACAAUUAAGACAGAUUCGGACAGAACAGUGUUGCCUGCUGGCAGUCUGGAGAGGCAGGAUAGCCAAAAAACACAAAGUUUAGCUGGCUUAGCUUCCUUCGAGCCCCCCAUCAUCAGUGCUGGUGGAGCAUCGGGGCAGUGGCAGACUCGGACAGGCACUUCCCCUGCUCUUCCCGUGAGACCUGUGCAGCCAGUCUCCCCUGUCAUGGUGGAAAGACCACAGGUGACUGGAUCCAUCAUCACACCCAGAAAACCUGAGGUAUAUGCAAGAGCCACUAGAUGUGCAAAUUUGGAGAGAGCCACUGGUGCUGCAGAAGCGGGGUGCCAGAUGUUCUCUCCCCGAAAGAUGCCUCAAGUACCUCCACUCAACUGGCCCAGCCAACCGUUGAUGCAUUCACCUAUGCCUUCUCCACGGUUCACCUCACCAGUGAGGUCUCCCCGUAUCGCUGCCAUUAGGACCUUAAGUCCGCAGCCAAUGCAAACAUGGCAGAUGCGAGCUUCAGUGCCAGCCAAGCCUGGCAAGACGGCAAACUCAAAGCAGGAAGCGUUGCAAGCGUUGCAAACUGCAGACUCCCAGUCUCGAGUUGACAACUCGAGGAUUCUCACGCCACGAGUUGACAACUCCCUUCCUGCCACUGAGCGGGCUCGCCGAGUGACUUCACCAACUCGGAACGAGGCGAAGUGA